CGGCACCGGCACCGUACUUGAACCUUGCACUCCCGGAUCCUGAAUAAUGCCAAUAAUUAUAGUGAAUGUCUUUGAAAGCAGAAUGAAAAUGAAAGCAGAUCGCAUUGGGCAAAAAAUGACAAGUAAAAGUUAGAGAGAGACUCGACUCUUCAGUCUUGACUCUUGUCAGUCUGUUAGUGCCAGCUGCUUUUAACUUAUAAUGCUGUAGGCAAGGACAAUUUACAUUGUGCAAUUAUUUUAAAUUUGGCAGUGGAGAGGUGAAUCCUGCACGGCCCUUGGAGGUUGACCAAGACGAUUGUAUUUUUUUAUCCUAUGCUUGUUGCGUACAUUCCGGAGAGUACACUGUACCCCAAUUACUUCAUGCUACUCUUCUCAAGAGUCAGUACCCUUGACAAUACGUGCCGAGAGAGACAUUUAGCUUUCGAUCCUUGUCUGUCAGCCUGAGAGAGUGGAUACGGCAUAGUUCUUGGAGCAGUGCCCGUGUAAGUGCGUGAUCAGCGCAGAGCCCGAGCCAUACUUAGCUUUGGCCUGAUGCAUGAAGUUGGUCAAAGUAAACUGACAUCAGCUGCAGAAUGCGUCCGUGGCUUUAAAAGCCGGUAUUGUGCAAGGGAAGGUGAUUUCAUGCGACUCUGUGCUUCUGCAAGGGUCAAGUAUAGCUGUGCCUUUGUUGGCAAAUAGAAUGGCGUAUCCAAAGCUAUCACCGUCGGCAUCUGGCGCCGACCGUGGGAUAUUCCCCGUUAAAAGUUUGCUGGAUUUCAAGGACUAUCGUAGUUGUGUGAGUGCACCGACCAGUCCGACAGCACAGCGGAUGCUGGUUGGCAGUAGCCGUGCACCGAUGGAUCCCCUGUCGCCGCGCAGACAGUCUUGCAGCUCGGAGUACAUGUCAACGCCCGAUGUUGUGGGUGUGCGCGAGCGACGUAGUCACAGCCUCUUUGAGACCCUGGAUACAAACACCAUCCUGUCGGCGCGCCUAAGGAAUCUGCAUAUUGACCUGGAGAGGCUUCGUGCAGAUGACCGGGACUUGCAGGACAUCUUAACCAACCUGAGCAUCGCCGUGCAAAACCUGGCACAAGAGAUGGCGUAUUUCGUGCCCUGCACCAACCUGGCUGCUAUCCAUUCUUCGUUCAAGACGUCUGUGUCGCUACCGACCGCCACGCGGUCGCCGAUGAGUCGAAUCGGCACACCACUGAAGAGCGCAACACCGAUCGUGAAGACACCCAGCAAGUCAUCGUGCUCUUCGAGUCAAUCUUCGCCGACCGUGCCCGUUCACCUGGAGAUUGGUCACCGGCGGUUGAUCAAGAUCUCCGACAGCACGAGCUUUGAUCCCAAUUCAAUCCCUACCCAGUGGUCUUUCCUGGAUGAAGAGUACGAAGACACUUUUAGCGUGGGAUCUGGUGGCCCGCUUGGCCAGCCACGCAUGGAGCCAUUGGCAUCAUCACCGUCGCGCUCGUGCCCCGGCUCUCGUCCAGGUAGUGUCGAGCGGAGUGCCGGGCCCGUUAGUGAUCCAGGUGAUCUUCUACUCAACUUUGGACAGCAGGCUCAGUUUGAUAGCAAAGGCGAGCAGCCGAAGAAGAAGCGAGCACUGUUCACGGCACUAAGAGAGCCUUCACGCGACCGGCAAAUGACUGAAGAGCCCAAAGACACGACCGGACCCAACUCGCUGAUCCGGAAACUGCUGCGGAGAACGCCCAACAAAUCGCCGACCAUAGGGUCAAGUCUUCCUGCGGACGACGACCACCAGUGUCAGCAGGCACUCUCCGUCUCAGCAUUGGCUUCCGAACGUCAUAGCUUUGCAGGCCUGGACAGCUCGAUGAGCGACGAUUCUCCUGAGCACAAGGCGCUGCAAGCGCGCAAGCACUCGCUUGACAAUAUACACGAGGGCAACAACUCGGCUGUCUUCAGUCCCGGAUUGCUAGAAUCAUACGCUACCUCGCUGCAAGGAGGUCUUUCACGUUCUGGGUCUAUCUCAGUACGGAAGCCGGAGAAGCGCUUGUCUAUCAUGGGUCGCAGUAGGAAAUCAACUAUGAGUCAAACAUCACAGUCUAUUUCUCCUAGGUCGAGAUCGGGCACGAUGCCCUCACUGAAGACACGCGCAUCUAAACACCAACAGCAGCAACCACCACAUUAGGCGAAAAAACAAGGGAGCUAGCAGUUCGGUAAAGGCUGUUUGCUGUCACUUCGCAGAAGUCGCCUACUCUACAGCAAUUUGUUCCAUGUUCUAGGGCCUAAAGUGCUGCGUAUGUGUAGCUUUGUAUCCACAUCAGGAACUCUUCGGCGCAGAGUCGUGAGCGUUUGUUGAUCCUCGUUUGACCGGCUAGCGCUGCAGCCUCUCUACUCGUGUGCUCUUAAGUGCCACGGUUUGCAGCUCGGGCACCUAUCACCGCGCAGUGUACUUGGCAUUGAAUUCGUUAGUGCACGCAUCCCAGGGGUCUUUCUCCUCAGGCCAGCCAGUCCUAACUACCAGUAGUUGUAUGUUCCACUUGCAUCCCGUGUCGAGAGGCAGCAUGCUUUCCCAGUCAGGAUCUUUAGCUUGUCUGAUGUCCUUUAGUUUAGUUUUGUAUAGUUGUUUGAGGUCGCAGGCAUGCUGCCACCUUUGAAGUAAGCGCGGUUGUUCUGUAUUCUUCUUUUUUUCUUUUUUUUCCCUUUCUUUCUGUGCUUUCUGUCCCUUGGUCACUUUCAGUGUUUUAGCCCGACAUCACAUUGCUCACUCUUCUUCCUUAUUUUUCUAAGAAAACCAUGCUCAUUGUCAUAAUUAUUAUCUUCCCAUUCUGCUAGAAGCUGCUUUGAAGUAGUAUCGUGACUCACUCUUAUUUAAAGGUUUUUUUCUCUCAACUAUAAAUGAGAUGUCUCGAAUCAACGGAAAUAUUAACUUGUCGUCCUCGGAUUUUUCUCUCAAGUUGAUGAAUGCAUACGUCUUAUACGACAUGUUUCGGUAAACACAAGGUGUCUUCGAUAUCUGUA